AUGGCGUACAACAAAGGCUUCAAUCCAGAUCGGCUGCCUAUGCACGCGGAGCCCGACCAGGCCGCAGCCAUGAUGUCGGGCGGCCAGGCCGCAGCCUCACGUCCACCACGUACCUCGUCCGCACGCCCAGACUACAACAAGCCCUCUCCCGCAAUCCCCAGCCAAAGAUAUGAUUCGCGCCCAGAUGACCGCUACUCUGGUGGUCGCGGCGCAGCAGGAGGGGCAGGAGGAGGAGGCUACGACUCGCGCCCACCACCAGGCGCAUAUCAGCAAGGCCCACGCACAGGUACCCCCUCAUCAUAUAACUCACGUCCAGACCCGCGCCACGACGACCGCUAUGGAGUCGGCUCCCCUCCCCCCGCCAAUUACGGACAUGGACCCCCGCCCCAGGGCUAUCAUGGACGACCCCCCAUUGCGGCGCAGAGUCGACCGCCGCCUACGCCUGCGCCGCCGAGAGAUGCAAGCGACCGAGAUGCGCUGUGGAGGUUGUUUGGGGCAGUGGAUAAAGAUAAGAGCGGCUCGCUCACAGAAGCAGAACUUCGAACAGCACUUGUGAAUGGGGAUUGGACGCCGUUUGACCCGCACACUGUGCGUAUGAUGAUACGGAUGUUUGAUACUGAUCGGUCGGGGAGCGUCAACUUUGACGAGUUUUGCGGUCUAUGGGGAUUCCUCUCUGCCUGGCGUGGCCUCUUUGACCGCUUCGACCAAGACCACAGUGGCAGCAUUUCCUAUGCCGAGUUCAACGAAGCCCUCAUUGCUUUCGGCUACCGGCUCUCCCAGCAAUUCGUCACUUUGCUGUACCGCACAUACGAUCGCAGCGGCGCGAAUGCAAUGAGUUUUGAUUUGUUUGUACAGGCUUGUAUCAGCCUGAAGCGGAUGACGGAUGUGUUCAAGAAAUAUGACGAGGAUCGGGAUGGGUACAUUACGCUGAGUUUCGAGGAAUUUCUCACAGGUGCGCAAGCUCUCUUCCUCUUCAACUCCAUCUCGGCCGACACUGAUACGGGACUUUAUUAG